GUGACAUUAAUAUCGUGUCUCUUCAUCCUUCAUUCUUCUUCUUCUCUUCUCUCUUCUACACACUCUCUCACUCUCUCACUGAUACUCUACUCACUCAAUCUCGCAUCCAACCCCCCUCUUACCUCUCUUGACCCAUCUCAAGCGAAUAUGAGCAACUCAUCCUGGUCUGCCCUAGACCCAUCCUCUCAUAAUCAUCACCAUCCACCUGCUUCAGCUGGUAGAUCAUAUCCUUUUCAUCGUCCCCCUUCUCAUCCUGUCCAACGCCAGCCGAUGCCUCCGCCUACCAAGCAUCGAGAAGAGAACCCCUGGGGCAGAGAUGCCAAGGGUCAAGUCAUCGGUAGUUCAGGUGACGAGGAGCAGGUAGUCCCACCUCAUCACUCACUCACUUCGAUCCCAGUGACGCGAGACCAUCCCAUCUCGCAAGAGGCCUCCGCCUCAGAGAGCACUCACUCCCCUCGCCUCCCUCCUCCUCAUUCGAAUCAGCUGUCCCCUUCUUCUGGGAUCUUCACACCUCGCCCUCACUCCCGAGUCACACACCGUCAGAACCGAGGAGCGUCUUUCAACCCUCAUAGCAUUCAUACCAUCCACUCGCACAUUGCGCUAGGUCAAGCUCAUCCUCAAGUGCAUGCAUCUUUGCAAUCUACAUCCACUUAUUCUCAAAACCAUCCCAUGCGCGAUGCCACACAUCCCAUCGGUCCUCCCGUUCGACCUCGCAAUGCAAGCCAUCAGAACAUGAUCGUGCCCAAAAAAGCCCGGCAAUGGGGUAUCAAGACCAGUCAACGAUCCUCCGCGCCUUCUUCCGAAAUGGAUCGGUCUACAUCCAAAACGUGCGAUUCAGCAAACUGGGAUCCAAAAGCUCAUGUCGUGGAAUGGGCUCAAAGUGUCGACCCAUCAUCGCCUCAUGGCAUCGCUGGAGCCGCCGAAACGCCACCUUCCAUCUCACCAAAGGUAUCAGACACGUCUCCAACGGCUUCGCUCGAAGAUGAUCGGCCCAGUAGUGGCAGAUCUAUCAUCCCUCCUCAGACCGUCUACCUCUCCGAUGAGGGCAGCACCACGACCGCGCCCUCGACCAAUCUGCCGACACCUCAAGCGGGCACAGUCAUGUCAUCCUUGCCACAAGUCGCUCCUGCGCCCAUGCCUGACCUCCCCACUGAAGAACGAUCCAGUGGUACACCUCCCGAAGUCGUGACGGUCAGCAUUAACGGUGAUACCGGCUCUGUACCUUACGAAUCACCUGCCGAGGGUGGCAUCCAACCAGACAGAAGCUCUCGACGAGGACCCAAGCGAAGUGCCCCUCGAUACCCAGUCUGGAAAGGAGCUCCCAGCGCAAUGUACAGUCCCAUAUGGGCAGAUAGACGAUUGUUGAUUGAGUUGCCCUUUGCUGUCAAAGCCGACGUGUUGAUGCAGGCUAUCAGAGAGAAUUUCUCGAGAUACGGCACGGUGAAACACGCUUUCCAUUACGAAAAGCAAGGCGAUACGUGUGAAAAGGGCUUUGUGGUCUUCGAGGCAGCGGAGAGUGUCCAGAGAUGUCUUGCAGAUCCGGGUUCGCGCGAGCUCAUUAUCAACUCUCCCUAUACUCGCUCGAUCGAGACUUUUCCGGUCAUACUCGCCUUCCUCCCUCCCGAGGCCAUGACCAAGACAGUCUUUGUCCGGUUCGAAGGAGCGCGACACAAUGACACCCCUUCCGCCGCCGGCAAUAGAACACGAUUGCCUGAAAAGGUCACCAUAGUGGCCGUACCUUAUGUGCCUCGCUUCACGGGUCGCGUGCGAUGGCAUGCUCUAGUCAUGAAGCAAGGGCAGACUGUCAGGGAUCUGUGCGAAGAGCUGAAGAUUGUCAGAAGGGAUGUCAAGUCGGUAGACACUGUCUAUCUCGGCAAGAAUGUGGCGGAAAAAGACAUCAUCCCCCGACUCUGCGAUUACUUUGGGGAAGUCUGUUAUGAUCCAAUCCCUCCAACCAACAAGGUUCAAGGGUGGCUCGUCACCAUGGGAGGGCCAAAUGAUGCCAAGCGGCUCAUGGAUGAACUCGGAAAGAUUCCGGGAAUUCUUGCGCGAUGGGCUCAACCUGGGGAAGUGGGACCCUACAAGCCAUCAGAGAUGCCUGAAUAUGCACCUCAUUCGUCACCUUUCGGUCAACUAGAGCGAUAUAUCGGCGAACCUAUUCAACGAAAUCCGUACCGAGGUCUGCCAGGACCACCCUUGGAAAUCAUGCCUCAGACGGUUCAGCAGUACCCUGCACCUCAAAUCGGAGGAUCGAUCGCCUCUCCUUCGGCCAUCUCUCAUCAUUCACUUCCCCCUCCGAUGAACCCGUAUCCUCCCCCACCCGUCGACACUCCCGCGUGUGCCACAGUCAUGGCCACUGCUUCGAUGCACGGUAGUCCAGAGGUAUAUCACCCAUAUCUGACGUCUGCAAUGGUUCCGACAUACCGCGGGCGGCUGCUCGACAUUGUCGAGGUCGAUGGCAUUGUACGAUACAUUGAUCCGGCGGCUGUCUUUGUCGGGCGACUACCGAAGACCCAGGAGACCGAUCUCACGCUACACAAAAGAUUCAGCAAAUACGGACCGAUUGUGGCCAUCGAGUACAAUCCUUUGCAGAGGGAGUGGUCGCAGUCUACUUAUGCGUCUGCGAGAGUACUAUUCCAGACUCCGGAUGCAGCGAGGCGGGCGAUUGUUCAUGAGGUGGGUCUUGUGAGGUUUUCACACAUUGUAAAUUGAUCCCUUCCUCAGUCUGGUGCCGUCUCAUUCGGAUCCUCCAUCAAAGUCGAAGAGCGAAGGGUCUUGCCAGUCGACGUCGAGGUGAGCUGUUCGACUCGGACAGAAUGAGCUCACACCAACUAGAUUCGAGAAAUGUUCCUAGACCAUCUCAACCGGCCAGUGGAUCCUUCCAUGGCGUCCCAAUACUCGCCUCCGUCAGUGCAUAAGCAGAGCCACAGCGUUGCACCUGUAGCUCCUCCGCCCCAGAGGCCGUGGGCCGGGCCUGCC